AAUCGAUUUAGUUCAAUAACAUUUUCACCAAUAUUCACAUCAAAAACCCGCGAUGGAAACCAAGUCAUCGGAAUCCAACGUCCUCCUAUACGUUCUUGUUCUUGCGGUGGUCUUGUCUCCAAUACUUCCAUGUCAAGCAGCUAGUGGGCAUCUAGGAGGUGGAGGACGUAAGCUUAUGGCACCGUCGCCACCAAUUCGCAUGUGUCCACAAUGUGUGUGUUGUGCACCGGCUGCACCGGGCUACUGCUGCCCAUGUCGCUGCCCGGGUGGUCCCUAAAGACUGUGACUCUGGUAUCGGAGGGUCUAAUAUAACUUUGGUUGAGAACUGUGUAAUCUUUGUAUGUAUGAAUAAGAACAGUACUCUUUGUGUGUUUGAAUAAGAAAACUUUUGGGUUCUUCAU